UACCAAGAUGAGCACACUAAUCAAUAUUCCAAGUUUCCAAUCCCAAUCCAACACUAUAUAAGAAGCUAAACAAGCAAGAAGAAGAAGAAGAAGCAAUCACCCAUCAGCAAUGGCGCUCGCAAGCCGCCGGAGGCUAGCAGCCUCCCUCCUGGCCCUCGCGGCGGUCCUCCUCGCCGGCCCGGCGGCGGCGACGGGGAAGACCGGGCAGGUGACGGUGUUUUGGGGCCAGAACAAAGCCGAGGGCUCCCUCCGUGAGGCCUGCGACACCGGUACCUACACCUUCGUCAUCAUCUCCUUCCUCAACGUCUUCGGGCACGGCAAGGCGAGCCUGGACCUGUCCGGCCACCCGAUCGGCCCCAUCGGCGCCGACGUCAAGUACUGCCAGUCCAAGAGCAUCCUCGUCUUCCUCUCCAUCGGCGGGCUCGGCACCCAGUAUUCCCUGCCCAGCGUGCAGGCCGCCACCGACCUCGCCGACUACCUCUGGUUCGCCUUCCUAGCCGGCCACCGCAAGGGCGUCCACCGCCCGUUCGGCGACGCCGCGGAGCUCGACGGCAUCGACCUGUUCAUCGACCAGGGCCCGCCGGACUACUACGACGUGCUGGCGCGCCGGCUGUGGAGCUACAACAAGGACUUCCGCGGCCGCACGCCGGCGCAGCUGUCGGCGACGCCGCGGUGCCGGUACCCGGACCCGCGGCUGGAGCGGGCGCUCGCCACGGGGGUCGUCACACGCAUCAACGUCAGGUUCUACGGCGCCGACGGGUACUGCGCCGCCUACUGGCAGCUGGAGUGGGACAAGUGGACGGCGGCGUACCCCAACUCCAUGAUCUACGUGGGGCUGCCGGCGUCGGAGCAGACGGUGGGCUACGUGCACCCCAAGAACCUCUACUACGGCGUCGUCCCGGUGGUGCAGAAGGCGGCCAACUACGGCGGCAUCAUGAUCUGGGAGCGAUACGCCGACAAGCAGAGCAACUACAGCAGCUACGCCAUCCAAUGGGCUUGAGCAGUUGAUCGAGCUCCAUCCAUCCAUGUUCCAUGCCUUACUCUGCUGUGUGUAUCUCCUCACUAGCGUGUGCUUGCAAAAAUAAAGUGAGGCCUGUACGUGCAAGAAUAAACGGUUAAUCAUUAUUAUUAUUAUCAUCAUCUGUUCUG